AUGGAUUAAGAUGGUAGAAAAGGGGAUGAAAUGGAAUGUGUCUUAAUGAUGGUUUGGAAAAUUAAAAAGAUAAAUAAAUGCAUAUAUGAAUUAAAGUAUGGAAAUAAACUCAAGAAAUGA